AUGGCACAAGGCAACACUUUCGGUGCUACCGCUUUCUCUUCCUAUGCUGGAUUUUGGAUUGGUACUGCAAUUAUCUUUACGCCAGGUGGAUUUGAGAUCAUCCAAACCUUAACAGAGGACUCUCCCUCUCCAUUCUACAACUCGGUAGGCAUAUACUUCAUGGUACGGAUCGUUCAAUCAGGCAUGACGACGAAAUCUGACUAA